UCACUUGAGUUCGUUCGCCUGGUCGACAACAGCGGAGAAAGCGAAGCGAGACGAGAAGAGUAGAGAGUGAGGAGCGCGAAGAAUCCGAAUCCCGGCGAAUCCGUAUCCCGAGAAACCCCCAGGAUCCGUACUACCAAAGUUAUCGCCGCGGACUCAGUUGCCCAGAAUCCCGAACCACACGCAAACAUGUGCCUUUCAUCCCCGAUUCCCGGCCAGAAACAGGCGCAGUCUGUGGGACAUUGCAACGGAUCCUGCAGCCUGGACAGGAAUGGGAACCGCAGCACCACCACUGUCCCCAAUGGAGGAGAGCUGAAGCACAGAGGCCAUGCCACAGACGCUACAUCACACACCCUGGUCACAGACGAGGACAAUCUGGGGUACAAGGAGGAGAACGCGGUCUACAAGGAGCAGCAGCUGCUGCAGCAACAGGACCAGAAGCUGAAGGAGUCGGAGCAGCAGCAGGAGGAGCAGGAGGAGGAGUACAAUCCGCAGAUCAGAUGGCCCGAUCUGGGGGCCCAGACCUUCCUGCACGUCGGUGCCCUCUACGGACUGUACCAGCUCUUCUACGCGAACUUCUACACAUUCCUCUGGGUGGUGGUCACCGUCUGGGUCUCCGGCAUCGGCAUCACGGCGGGAGCCCAUCGCCUCUGGUCCCACAAAUCCUACACCGCCUCGCUGCCCCUGAGGAUUCUGCUCGCCUUUGCCUUUUCCAUCGCCGGCCAGAGAGAUGCCUACACGUGGGCGCUUGAUCACAGGAUACAUCACAAGUUCUCGGAGACGGAUGCCGAUCCUCACAAUGCGAAGCGUGGUUUCUUCUUCGCCCACGUGGGCUGGCUCUUCCUCACGCCGCAUCCCAAGGUGGUGGCCAAGCGGAAGGUCAUCGACAUGUCCGACCUGGAGGCGGAUGCCGUCUGCAUGUUCCAGCGCAAGUACUACAUACCGCUCUUCGCGCUCUGCUCCAUCGUCCUGCCGGUGGCUGUGCCCUGGUACUUCUGGAACGAGAACCUCUGGAUGUCGUUCUGGAUCAACUUCAACAUGCGCUUCACCUGGACCCUCAACGUCGCCUUCUUCGUGAACAGCGUGGCGCACAUGUACGGCAACAAGCCGUACGACAAGAACCUCAUGUCCACCGAGGCGCCCAUCGUCUCCCUGCUGGCCAUGGGAGAGGGAUGGCACAACUACCACCACGUCUUCCCCUGGGACUACAAGACGGGCGAGUUCGGCAACUACAGCCUCAACAUCACCACCGGCUUCAUCGACUUUUGCGCCUGGCUGGGCCUGGCCAAAGGACGUAAAUCGGUAUCCCCUGACAUGGUCUUGAGGAGAGCCAAGAAGUGCGGCGAUGGAACUCGCUUCCUGGACGAUGACCAUGCCCACAAGGAUUCGGUGUGGGGCUUCGGGGACAAGGACAUUCCUCGAGAGGAUAUCGUGGAGCUGGCCAAGAUGCAGAACUGAGCUAGGCCGUGUAUUAUGUUUUCAGCCUGUGGUUUUCGUAGUAUUAAGUUGUAGCACCAAGCCAUGCCUUAUGCUCUGUUUUUUAUCGGGGACUGAGUCUUCAUAUGUGACUCCGGUCUUCUAAACUAGGCUAUGACCCAUCACCCAUCACCCACCACCCACCACCCAACCCAUCCCAUGCCAACCCGGAUCACUCGGAUCUCUGGGAUCGCCGCAUAGGCAAGCUAAUCUCCCAUCGUUGCUUUCGUUACUUACCUGCGGGUCAAUAAACUAUGUUUUGUAUUAUAACACCA